AUGUUAAUCGGUGUAUUCGGCUCCGCUGUUGCAGCUGCUUGGGUGGGCUCUGGGCUUGUAGCCAAUAUGUUUAGAGCUAAGGCCCAUCGCCGAGAAGGUCACUGUAUGGUGGCGUUCGGCACGGGACAACCACUUGCUUUCUACGGUUCCUGGCCAUUAUUCACUCUAGCACACCACAACACCGUGUGGUUGAGUGCUGAGUUAGUGGAUCCGGGAUCCCGGUUUACUGCCUAUGCUAUCUUGGGUGACGAUAUUGUCAUCGGAGAUGCAGAGGUGGCAGCUAUGUACCAGAAGGUGGUGGCCAUAGCCAAGGUUCAUAUUAAAAAAGUUCGGACUUAA